AUGAGUGCAGCAGCCCUUCUGUGGGCUCAGCUGCGAGGCCUGCCUGCCCAUCGCUCAUCACAUCCGUCGUCGCUGCUCUUCAAUCACGCAGUCGUGGCUCAGGCCGGCCUCGCUGGGGCACGCUUCACUGGCCACCACCCCGCACCGGCCAACCCUUUGCACAGACCGACCUUGCGUCGAAACGGGCACCGGCUUUGGCAAUAUGCAUUCUGGACUCAUUCUCAUUUCAUUCACUAUUCAGGGAGAACAAAAUUCAUAUAUGAAGAAAAGACCAGUAUGUACUACAAGAUUGGUACCCAGUUAAUUCAGCUCGAACUGCCUGCGCGGGCGUGUCCGCUGCUGGAGGUGGAGCCCGCGCCGCGCCUCGAGUUCGCAAACUCCACCGGCGGCCGCCUGGACUGCGUGGCGCGCGGCAGCCCGCAGCCGCAGCUCAAGUGGCUGCUGGCGGACGGCGCGGCGGCCGGCGCCGUGCCGGGCCUGCGCCAGCUCGCGCCCAACGGCUCGCUGCUCUUCCCGGCCUUCGGCGCCGCCGAUUUCCGGCCCGACAUCCAUAACAGUCAAGUUUUUAUGAAGAUAGAAGACACUAAUUUGGAUAAUGUGUUAAAUUGUACUGAUGAGACACAUUGUGUGUACAUUGAAGAACUAUUAAUUGACUUGUGAGAAAUCGCUGAAUAGUUUUGUGAAGUGACACGAACGGACGGAUAAAGACACCAAAGUAGAUGAAGUGUUGAAGAAAACGAAUUAUUUAUUACAGAUUUUUAAAUAUGUGGUGUACUGAUAAAAUUAAAUGUAAAUAAUUUUCAAAUUUAAUUAAAUAUUUUUUAAAGUUGUC